UAUGCUGUGAAUUUCUUGGGAGAUAAACCUGGGCCGGCCUUCAGUUUACAAGUUGGAAUUAUUUAAUUCCCAAGCUACCUUGAAGAAAAAGCUAGAACCCAAACGAAAACAAUAAAAAGAAAUGGGCUAAUGGAUUGGGUAACAAGUCAGAUUCAAGACCAAGUCGACCUCAAUUCUUUGAUAAAUACAAGGAAGGAGAGUAAGUGGGUAAUUCACUUCUAAUAGUUUCCGAAGUUAAUCAACCGUACAGGAGGAGAAAGGGAAAGAAAAUGGCCGAACUGCAAAUGGUGGUGCCAAAAGAAUAUGGAUAUGUGGCUUUAGUUCUGGUAGCUUACUGCUUUCUUAAUUUAUGGAUGGCAGGUCAAGUGGGUAAGGCAAGAAAGAAGUACAAAGUCUUUUAUCCAACACUAUAUGCUUUGGAAUCUGAAAAUAAAGAUGCAAAGCUCUUCAAUUGCGUCCAGAGAGGGCACCAGAAUUCGCUGGAGAUGAUGCCAAUGUUCUUUGUGUUGAUGAUCUUAGGAGGGUUCAGGCAUCCUAGUGUUUCUGCCAUUCUUGGCUGUCUUUAUAUCAUUUCUCGUUAUUUCUAUUUCACUGGCUACUCUACUGGUGAUCCCCAGAAACGUCUCAGUAUUGGGAAAUAUGGGUUCUUAUCUUUGCUUGGACUUAUGGUGUGCACAAUUUCACUUGGCAUCAGUCUCCUUCGAGGAUAACUUCUUCUGCCUGAUAUAAAUGCUUUCCUGUAAUGUUUCAUGCAAUCUAUGGUUCCUCCUUUCUUGUAAUGGCUUUCUUUGUGCUUUAAAUAAGUGCUAAAUCUUUUCAGGAACAGCUGUGUUCAAAAUAUAAAAGAAAUGCUCUUUUUUCAUGA